CGGAAGUGUGAUUGUUUGUUCAUGUGUCACUGGCCAGUAUCAAGCGAGUUCUUCUGGUCAAACGGGGAGACAUAUGACCAUUCAAGGUCAAACAAUCACACUUAUUAAGAUCAUUACAAACGAUCACACUUCUUUGGUCAAACAAUCACACAAAUUAAGAUUACAUAACGUCAAACAUGCAUGUCUUCAGAUCGUGAAAUAAAACAUUGAUGCAAAUAAAUGUGAAAUAGUGAGAUUGCAGGCAUUAGUUCAUUAACUCUUCUACAAAUACAAAGGGAAUGAAUUGUUACUCAAAUUGCUUCCUUCUACAUGGGGUACUAUUGACUUUAAAAAUGCCAUUGCCGAGGAUAGGAGACUUUCUGUAUGUGUGGGGCUCAGCAGCUUUGUGGGGAACCUACGCUAUGGGAAAGAUGCUAAAGGGUGCAAUACGGCACCCAAUACUUUAUAUGACAGCCACUGAGAGAACUGAACGACCAAAAUGCUUGGAUGAUCCCUCCUUGGGUGCACACGAAUACUUGCAACUGAAGGACGUGAAGCUGCAUUAUGUUGCCAAUGGCGACAAAAGUAAACCAUUGAUGCUAUGCCUUCAUGGGUUCCCAGAGUUUUGGUAUUCCUGGAGACAUCAGCUGAAGGAGUUUUCGAAAGAUUUUAGAGUGGUUGCCCUCGACAACCGUGGUUAUGGUGAUUCAGACAAGCCGGAAGAAAUUGCUGAAUACAGUCUGCUAAAACUAACAAAUGACGUUAAAGAAGUAAUCGAAAGAUUGGGAUACAAAUCCUGCGUUUUGGUAGGACACGACUGGGGUGCCAAUAUCGCCUGGGUAUUCACUAUUCGCUUUCCAAGUUUGGUUGAUAAGUUAAUCAUAAUGAACGUCCCUCACCCAAAGGUGUUCAUUCCGUAUAUCAGAGAGCAUCGAGAACAGUAUGUAAAAUCAUGGUACGUGUUUUUCUAUCAGUUGCCUUACCUCCCCGAACAUUUCCUCUCGGCGUUUGACUUUGGCGCUUUAAAGGGUACGUUCUUGGGCAAAACUGCUGGAGUCGUCAACAAAGAACAUUUCACAAAGGAAGACAUGGACGCUUAUCUUUAUGUAUUUUCUCAACCUGGAGCCUUCACAGGCCCUGUAAACUACUACAGGGCCCUAUUGCGCCAAUGGCCGUACACCAAGAAGCCGUCUGCCAGUAAGGGCCCGACCAUUGAUAUACCAAAUGUUCCAGUUCUUGUUGUAUGGGGUGAUCAAGAUGGUGCAUUAGAAGCCGACAUGGCAAAGUUGUCUGGAAAUUAUGUCAACAACUUUACGUUGAAAUUUGUACGUGGGUGCAGUCACUGGGUGCAGCAAGAAGAACCGAUCAUUGUCAAUGACAUUAUGAGAACUUUCUUAGAAAACCCUUUGAGUUUAAAGAGUUCUUUAUAAAUAACCCCCCAACCAAUAAAAAUAAAACCACAAGAUAGAAAAGAGCUUUAAAAUGCUUUUUAUUUGAAGCCUCUAGCUCAGUUUUGAAGGAAACAUAACAUUUUUUGUAAAAUUCAAAACAAA